AUGGGUGAUUGGAGUUUCCUGGGGAAUAUAUUGGAGGAGGUAAAUGAGCACUCCACGGUCAUCGGCAGGGUCUGGCUCACCGUCCUCUUCAUCUUCCGGAUUCUCAUCCUGGGCACGGCAGCAGAAUUUGUGUGGGGAGACGAGCAGUCAGACUUUGUAUGUAACACCCAACAACCAGGUUGUGAGAAUGUCUGCUACGAUGAGGCCUUCCCCAUCUCCCACAUCCGUCUCUGGGUCUUACAGAUCAUCUUCGUGUCCACUCCAUCCCUGGUGUAUGUGGGCCAUGCUGUGCACCACGUACGUAUGGAAGAAAAGAGGAAGGAGAGGGAAGCUGAGGAGGUAUGCCAGCAGUCUGGGGCCAAUGGGGAGAGGCUGCCGUUAGCCCUGGAUCAAGGAAGUACCAAGAAGAGCAGCAACAGUACCAAAGGCACCAAAAAGUUCCGGCUGGAGGGGACCCUCUUGAGGACCUACAUUUGCCACAUCAUCUUCAAGACUCUCUUCGAGGUGGGCUUCAUCGUAGGUCAUUACUUCUUGUAUGGCUUUCGGAUCCUGCCUUUGUAUCAGUGCAGCCGUUGGCCUUGCCCCAAUGUGGUAGACUGCUUCGUGUCUAGGCCCACUGAGAAGACCAUUUUUAUCCUUUUCAUGCUCUCAGUGGCCUCUGUGUCCCUAUUCCUCAACAUCAUGGAAAUCAGCCACCUGGGCCUGAAGAGAAUCCGAUCUGCUUUUAAUAGACCUGCUGAGCAACCACUGGGGGAGAUCCCUGAGAAAUCCCUCCACUCCAUUGCUGUCUCCUCCAUCCAAAAGGCCAAGGGCUACCAGCUCCUAGAAGAAGAAAAAAUCGUGUCCCACUAUUUCCCCCUGACCGAGGUUGGGGUGGUGGAGACAAGACCACUUGCUGCCACACCUUUCAGCCGUUUCGAAGAGAAGAUCAGCACUGGGCCUCUGGGAGAUCUGUCCCGGGCUUACACGGAAACGCUUCCUUCCUAUGCUCAGGUGGGAGAACAAGAAGUAGAGGCAGAACGUGAAGAAGAGGAGGCAGAGGCCCCACCAGAGGAGGAAGAGAAGAAGCAGGAACCAGAAACAGUGACCCCAGAGGGGCAGGAAGCCCCUGUAGUGCAGGAGGAAGAGAAGGAGAAAGCAGGGACCCCAGUAGAAAUGAAGGCAGGAGACAAGCCAGAGCUGCCAGUGGAGAAGAUACCACUGUGCCCAGAGCUGGCAGCAGAUGACACCCGACCCCUCAGCCGACUAAGCAAAGCCAGCAGCCGAGCAAGGUCAGAUGAUUUGACUGUAUGA